CAUUGACAUCAUGAAGUACAUCAUUUACGGCCUGGCAGCUGGUUUCUUUGUGUUUGGAGUCCUGCUGCUGGUCGAGGGAUUCUUCAGCACCGGAGCCAUCAGGGACCUGUACGGGGAGUUUAAGAUCACAGCCUGCGGACGCUGCCUCACUGCUUUUCUGAUGUUCCUGGCCUACCUCUUCUUCCUGGUGUGGCUCGGGGUGACGGCCUUCACCAGCCUGCCGGUCUUCAUGUACUAUAACGUCUGGUCCAUGUGUCAGAACACCAGCUCUGUGGAGGGAGCCAACCUCUGCCUGGACCUGCGUCAGUUCG